UCCACCAAUGAUCAUCGACGUCAUCUCGAGUUUAAGUGCGUUCUUGGGCGCCAUAAGCUUGCCGUCCCCCCAGAAGCAUAUGCCACCCUCACCAACAUACAGCUCAGAGAUGACAGCGCCAGGAGGGCACUCCAAAGCGCUGCGCAUGAGGCAUGGUGCUCUUGAAGUGGCGCUGCGCUCUCGUGAAUGAAUCGCUGGAUACCCACCCUUUUCACAGCGCCGCGAGUCGGAAACGGCUUUGCCGGAGUACUCCUGCGGACAAGGGACACAAGCGUCGCUUAUCAGACUUAUGAGCUUCCUUCUCAGAACAACCCAACGCCCUCCUCGGAUACAUGCAUCUCCAUCCGGCUCUUGCUCCCAUGUGCAGCUAGCUCAGCACUCGUCUUUGCCCAGCUUGUGCCUGCCAAACUGCCUUCAAGUCAUGGGAUAUAUUGGCAGAGACUAUGGCCGACGUCACUACAGUGCUGCGAUGCGAUCCACAUAUGGCGUUGCCAGGAGAACGCCUCACCAGCGACAAGCUUACUACAGCGCUAGCGAUCAGAGUCGAUCAUCCCCAGCACUACGCCGGGUGCCGUCUUCGAAAACCUACGCCGCAAGAACGUAGCAAAUGUCUUCGGACUGCGGUAUGGCCUUCUCACAUAUUCGGAGAGGAAAACACUGGCCGCCAUGUUCGGAGCG